UAGAAAUUCCUCAAUAUGAAUUAGAAGGUGAUGGAUGUUCAACAAAAGUUAUUUUAAAUUCAAUAGCACGUUUUCGUCUUCGACUAAUUUCAACAACAAAUUCUAAUUAUAAACCAACAGUUGAUCCAUUUUCACUUUCAAUUAUUGAUCCAUUUGGUCAUACAAUUGUUGUUCAACGUCGUAUACUUUCAUCGGAUUUACUUGAAUUAACAUAUCAACCAAUGUCAAUAGGUGAACAUAAAUUAAUCAUAUCAUACAAUAAUAAAAUUCAUCGUCAGUUAAUUAUUGAUGUUAUAC